AUAUGGGUGGGUGUUGAAAUUUUAGUCAACGACGUGAAAGAGAAAGAGCACACUCCUUGUUUAACUUGCAAUGGCUAACAGAGAAUUGUUAUCAACCUCUUACUCUAGCAAAAAACACGACGUAUUUCUCAGCUUCAGAGGCGAGGACACUCGAAUCGGUUUCACAAGCCAUCUCUACGAUGCUUUGAAUCACAAAUCAAUCAAAACAUACAUAGAUUACCUGCUAAAUAGAGGUGAAGACGUUUGGCCAACACUUGCGGAAGCCAUUGAAGAUUCACAUGUCUCCAUCGUUGUAUUUUCAGAAAACUACGCUUCUUCUAAAUGGUGUUUGGAAGAGCUUGUGAAAAUACUUGAAUGCAGAAGAAAAGUUGUUCACGGUCAAGUUGUUAUACCUGUUUUCUAUAAAACGGAUCCGUCUCACAUUAGAAAUCAGAGUGGGAGUUAUGAGAAAGCGUUCGCUAAACAUGAGCGAGAUCUUGGAAAUAGUGAAAGUGAUGAUUCUAAACAAAAAGUGCUUAAUUGGAAAGCUGCUCUUACUGAAGCAGCUAAUAUUUCUGGAUGGGACUCCAAAACACAUAAGGAUGAAUCUGACCUCAUUGAGAACGUUGUGAAUGAUGUAUUGCAAAAGCUACAACUGAGGUACCCUAAUGAGCUAGAAGGUAUUGUUGGAAGUGAAAAUUUUUCUGGAGUGGUAGAAACAUUAAUGACAAGUAUUCAGAUACUUGGAAUUUGGGGUAUGGGUGGAAUGGGAAAGACAACCAUUGCGAAAGUAUUGUUUGCGAAAUUCUUUGCCCAGUAUGACCAUGUAUGCUUUGCUAAUGCGAAAGAAUAUUCACUCAGCAAGCUUCUGUCUGAGCUACUAAAGGAAGAAAUUUCACCAUCUAAUGUUGUAGGAUCUACAUUCCAUAUGAGGAGGCUGAGAAGUAAAAAGGUUUUCAUUAUACUUGAUAAUGUGGACAGUUUAGAUCAGUUUGAAUAUUUAUGCAGGGAUUUCGGUGACCAAAGUAAUGAUAGUAGACUCAUUAUAACGACGAGAGACAGACAAUUGCUCAGUGAAAGAGUUCAUAGGAUAUAUGAGGUCAAGCAAUGGGAAGAUCUAGAAUCGCUAGAGCUUUUUAGCUUAGAAGCCUUCAAACAAAGCCUUCCCCAGAAGGGUUACGAGGAUCUUUCGCAAAGGGCGGUUGCUUAUGCAGGAGGCAUUCCACUUGCUCUGAAAGUUUUGGGUUCAAAUCUCCGAUCCAAAGGUACUGAUUUUUGGGAAAGUACUUUCAGAAAACUCGAUAAGUUUCCAAAAGAAGAAAUUCAAAAAGUCUUAAAAGUGAGCUAUGAUGGAUUAGAUCCACUAGAGAAGAAGAUAUUUCUAGACAUUGCAUUUUUUUUCAAAGGAGAAAAGAAAGAUCAUGUCAUAAGGAUACUAAAUGCUUGUGGGUUGGAGGCAAGUAGUGGAAUAGAAGUCCUAGAAGACAAGGCUUUGAUAACUAUUUCAAAUGGAAAUAGAAUACAAAUGCAUGACUUGCUAAAAAAAAUGGGUUCAGACAUAAUGCGUAAAGAAUGUGGCAUAAACCCUGCAACUCAUACACGAUUGAGCGGGAGUGAAGCGCUUGAAGUAAUUAAAGAAAACAAGGGGACUAGCUCAAUUGAAGGCAUUACACUGGAUUUGUCUCAAAAUAAUGAUUUGCAUUUACGUUCCGACACAUUCACCAAGAUGAAAGCCUUAAGAAUUCUUAAAUUCUAUAUUCCAUUGGGUCAGAGUUGUAGUAAUGCAUACCUCAACCUUCCCAUGCUACUUGAGCCAUUUUCUAGUGAACUGAGGUACUUUGAGUGGAUUGGAUACCCUUUUGAGACACUUCCACAAGCUUUUUGUGCCAAGUUGCUUGUUGAGAUUCGUAUGCCGCACAGUAAUGUUAAACGACUAUGGCAGGGGAUGCAGGACCUUGAUAAACUAGAGGUGAUUGACCUCGGUGAAUGCAGACAUUUUGUUCAGCUUCCGGAUUUGUCUAAGGCAUCAAAACUUAAAUGGGUUAAUCUCUCCGGUUGCGUGAGUCUGGUGGAUCUUCAUCCAUCUGUUUUUUUGGCUGAAACACUUACUACUCUGAUACUUGAUGGGUGUACAAAGCUUAGGAGGGUUAAAGGUCGGAAACAUUUAAAAUUUUUGGAAAAGAUCAGUAUCAAUGGCUGCACAAGUCUUGAGGAAUUUGCCGUCUCCUCGGAUUUAAUUGAAAACUUGGAUUUAAGCAGUACAGGGAUUCAAACACUUGACCUAUCAAUUGGGCUUCCUCACAAUCUUAAGCGGCUUAAUCUUGAGGGUUCAAGACUUGUGCAUCUUCCAAAGGAGUUACACAGCCUGACAUCUAUUAAGGAGCUAAGGAUUUCAGGCAGUGGACUAAAAGUCAAGAAACAGCAGCUACAUAUCUUGUUUAAUGGCUUAAGAUCCCUACAAAUACUACAUUUGAGGGAUUGUAAUAACUUGUUUGAACUUCCUGACAACAUCAGUGUCCUAUCACAAUUACAGGAAUUAAUUCUAGACGGAAGCAACGUGAAAAGGUUGCCUGAAAGUAUCAGGAAUCUUCAAGAGCUAGAAGUUCUGUCAUUGAAGGAUUGCAGGGAGAUUCAGUACCUUCCAGAGCUCCCCCCUCUCAUCAAAUUGUUAGAUGCCAGUAACUGCACGUCCCUGGUUUCAGUUUCGGAUUUAAAAACUAUUGCAACAAAGAUGAUGGGAAAUGCCAAAUACAUUUCAUUCACGAACAACCUGAGUUUGGAUGGACAUUCACUCAAACACUUAACGGAAAGUCUCAAUUUAACAAUGAUGAGCGCUGCAUUUCAAAAUGUGUCUGUUAGAAGACUUCGCGUGGCUGUUCACAGCUACAAUUAUACCAGUGUUGAUGCUUGUCUACCAGGAACAAGGGUCCCAAGGCAGUUCAAAUAUCAAACUACUACCGAGUCCUCCAUUACCAUUGAACUUCCCAACCAUUCGAACUUACUGGGAUUUCUUUACUCAGUGGUUCUUUCUCCAGCAGCUGGAAUGAAGAAGGGUGGAGGAGCUAAUAUAAAAUGUCAAUGCAAAUUGGGAGAAGAAGGUACAAAGGUUACAAGGUUUAAUACUUAUGGCACAGAACUGAACUCGGAUCAUGUUUAUGUAUGGUAUGAUCCAUUCCAUUGUGACAGCAUUCUCAAAUUUUAUGAACCAAAGCUUUGUUUUGAGUUUUGUGUUACUAAUGGUAUGGAGGAAGUUCAUGGUUCAAUCCGUAUUAAAGAGUGUGGGGUACGACCCGUAUGUGUUGAUGAACUGCAGAGUGUUUUACAGCAAUUGGAUUUGGAUUCGGAAAAGAAAAAUGAGUUGAACAAGGCAGUGGAAUUAGAAUCAGGACGUAGGAUAACCUUGAAGCCAAUUGAAAAGCGUUCCACAAGCAUUAUACAAGAAUUAGACUCAGAGAUAGUUGAACCAGAGACAAAUUCUAAUUUGGAAGAGAGCAGUGUUGGAAAAGGUCGACAUCAUAAUACCUCAAAACCUUCAAAAGGUUGCAGUCACUUCUUUUCUAUUGACAAACUUCGGGUUUCAUCUUUUCUGAAAGUUUCAAAAAUACAAACCAAGUUCAGUGCUGCAUGUGGUAGCAAGGAGAAUGCCAAAAACUCUACAGAAGACGUCAAAAGCAAAGAAAAUAAAGGAAGACCAUCUGAAUCUAAAGCUAAAUUUCAUCUACCGGUAACGUCAACGGCUGAAGACAACACUUCUGAUAAUAUACCAGUUGAAAACAACUAUGAUUCGCAAGAUAAUUUUGACGAGACCAAGAAUUCAGAAGAAAAACCAAAUAUAGCAGGAGGACAAAUCACUGUUCCCGACACCAAUGAUCUGAUAAGUGAACCAGAACAAAAAAAAGAAAAUGCACCAAUAAUGAAUCUUAGCGAACCUGAAAGUGAUCAAAAAGAUGGAUCAGAUGAGGACCCUUUUUCUGAACUUGAGAGCAUCCUGUUGGGAAGUCCAGAGCCCUCGCCAAAAGCAACAUGUUCCACAAAUAAUGACGCUGUAAGAGAAGCUUUGCAUAACCUUGAAUGCGUAUUGGAAAAUUCACUCGAGUCCAUUAUCAGUGAUGUUGAACUACAACGGCAACUACAUAUGUCUUUGGAAUACAUAAAACAGGCAUCUCAUGAAAAUGUUUCUCCUAAUGUUGUGAAGCUUGUCCAGAAAAUGACAUCCACUGUUGAGAACCUCUUCAAAGACUUUGUCAGGACUAAAAAAGUGGUUGAGGAUCACAUUAAUGCAUUGAAACAAAAAGAAACGCUCAUGCAGCGAGUGAGAGAUGUUAAGAAACAAAAGGAAUCAAAACAGAAAGAAAAGAGUCAGUUGGUAAAUGAAGCCAAGCGUCUCAAGGAAGAGGGUGAAAAGGUGGAUGAAGAAAUUCGAAUUCUUGUUGAGCAAAAGAAAAGUAUUGAGUUGGAAAUAACCAAGCUGAAGGAGAGCAUGGAAAGAUGUGAAGGUGAAAAGAAGAAAGUGAAAAAUGAGGCUAAGAAUAUGAUAACUGAAAGCAAAGAACUCAUGUUGAGUAUUAAAAAUUCUAAAUCAUCAUAUGCUGCUGCAUUGUCAAAGCAACAGAAGUUGAAAGACAAAUGGGAAGGUUUCAGAAUAGAUUUUGCAGACAACUUUGGAAGUAGCACUACUUGAGAAGUAUUGAUCUGUUGAGUUCAUGAGUGUGGUGAGCCCCACAUUAGCAAUGCAUGACUUAAAUAUUCGAUUAAGGUUUUUGAUGAAAAUGUAGUGUUUUUUUUUUUAAUGAUGUUAGACUAUGAGCAAUUGUUUCAAAUAGAAGAUUAACUUGAAAAGGAAUAUGUAUUCAAUGAUUAACGUA